AUGCUCUAUUUAGUUGGAUUAGGUUUAUCAAGUGUUGAGGACAUUACUGUCUCUGGUCUUAAGGCUGUUAAGCAAUGUUCGCGUGUAUACUUAGAACAUUACACAUCAAUCUUGAUGUCAGCGUCGCAGGCGGAGUUGGAAGAAUUCUACGGUAAAAGUGUUACCUUGGCUGAUAGAGAAAUGGUAGAAUCUGGUUGCGAGGAAAUACUCCGUGGUGCUAAUAGUGAAGACGUAGCAUUUUUAGUUGUCGGGGACCCUUUUGGUGCUACUACUCACACCGAUUUGGUCUUAAGAGCAAAGCAACAAAAUAUCCCUGUUAAAGUAUUUCACAAUGCCUCGGUAAUGAAUGCCAUUGGAGCUUGUGGAUUACAACUUUAUAACUUUGGGCAAACUGUAUCUAUGGUAUUCUUCCACGAAACUUGGAGGCCAGACUCUUGGUACGACAAGAUACUGGCUAACAGAAAAAUCGGUUUGCACACGUUAGUAUUGUUAGAUAUUAAGGUCAAGGAACAGAGCUACGAAAAUAUGGCUCGUGGUAGGUUAAUCUAUGAACCUCCAAGAUACAUGUCUAUUUCUCAAUGUUGUGAGCAGUUGCUAGAAGUAGAUGAGAAGAAGAGCAUUAAGGCUUACACUCCAGAUACGCCAUGUGUUGCUGUAUCCAGACUUGGUUCUCCAACAGAAGCGUUCAAGGCUGGAACGAUUCAGGAAUUAGCUAAUUAUGAUGCUGGCGAACCACUUCAUUCUCUCAUCAUUUUGGGUAGUCAAUGUCAUGAGCUUGAAUUGGAAUAUCUUCUAGAUUUCUGCGAUGACAGAGAGAAAUUUAAGAAAGAUGUCGCAAAGGAUCGGGAGUACUUUAAGCCGGAACCAGUAAUGAUAGAGGAAGAUCCUGAAGAAGAGGAAGAAUAA